AUGAGACUUGUUCUACUUCUUUUCUAUGUGAAUUUUGUCUACGGUGGACCCGUUGAAGGCAGGAAUCGUAAGUGCACAAUAUUGCUGCUUUUGUGGAGCUCGCCAAAGGAAGAGCUUCGGUCGUCAUCACGUGUGGAAGGCGGAUGUCUCAUUCGCUUCAAGCUUGCCUUCAAAAUGGGUUCUGAAUUUUGUACAAGGCCUGUUUAACCAUGCGUUAACUAUUUAAGCCAGUUAUAUCCCUGGAAACUAAAUUCGCCGCAGCUAACAGCCAAAAUCUAAAACAAUGUAAAAUUGCUAACUAGCUAUCUUGAAGGUCAUAAAUAUUUUUUCCGCCCUUUUCAUUAAACACAGCGUCUUUUCAGACCUCCCUCUGGAGCCAAUCAACCUAACCCCUCCUAAAGAUGACCCUUUCUACAAACGUCCUUGGAACUUGAACUACGAAACAAAUGACAGCCUCCCGCAUGAGGUGGUCGUCCAUUCCUACGGUCUCAUUAUUGAGCCCUUCUUCGACUUCCGCGGCUUCGAAUACGAUAAGGGUAGGUCUUCCGAUUGAGGCGCUACAUACAACCUUUUAGCUCUUCGCAACACCUUCAACGGCGAAGUUGCGAUCUCUUUCUCAGUCCCCAACCCGACGCGCCGGUUGGAAUUGGCGUCGUCGGUGCGAAUAAACUCCACCUCUCUUGUCGAUGGCCUGGAAUUCAUUGGGAUCGAGAGAGUCGAAGCCGGCCCCAACGAUCAUUUGAUUCUCCAUUUGGGGGCGGAAUUAGUGACCGCAAAGGUGUACGGACUAGCAUUCAAAUACACUGGCAAAAUCAACGAACAGUCGUAUGCUGGAGGAGUCUUUGUGCAGACGUAUAAAGAGCGAGAUGAAAAGAGAAAGCAAGUUAUCUAAUUUUUCAUCUUUUUCAUACUCAGAAACAUGUUUCAGCACCCUGCUCUCCACCGUCUUCGAAACCACGUAUGCCCGAGAGGCGUUCCCAUGCUUCGACGACCCCCACUUCAAAGCCCCUAUCAAUUUGACUCUGAUACAUCCGAAGGGAGCGGCAGUCUACAGUAAUGCUGAUAUUGCCGAACAAUCAAGCCGAAAGUAGGACAUUGCAGGCAUUGAAAUCAAUAGAAAAUAAUUUAUUGCCAUAAAACCCCUCUCAAUCACAAUAUUCGCCUCGUUUCAGCGCUCAACAAACCGUGACUCGCUUCCACCCAACUCCCAGGAUGUCCACGUAUCAACUGGCGUUUGCGGUCGGCGACUUCGUGCAGAGCAAUGCCACUUCCGCAAGUGGAGUAUUGGUAUGUCGAACAGCGCGUUCUCGUUGACGCCACCGAUUUCCAGACUCGAGCCAUUGCCGUCCGCGACAACAAAGGUUUCAUUCAAGACGCCGCGAACAUUGCGGCUCGAUGUGUGGGUGCAAUGGAGAGGCUGGUCGGCGCGGAAUAUCCGUUGAAAAAAUUUGGUGAGUAGAGCAUGAAAAUAUACCAGUAUUUUCGCAAUUACAGCGAUGAGUUUGCAAAGCUCGCCGUGAAGAUUUAGCAAAUCCAAUCCAUUUACUCUAAUUCUUACUUGUUUCUACAGUGAGUGAAUGAUCCAGUGGCAAAAGACGUACCAUUUUGCAUCCGGGAAGUAUCAAAAAUGUGGCAAAAUGCUUCCCUUUCCAAGUGAAAAAGCUUCGUUUUGAAGGGCUCCCUCAAAAAAAGAGCGGGCGCGCUUUUUUAAAUCUGUGAGCUUUUUAAGUUGAAGAGGGAGGCAUUUUGCCGCAUUUUUUGAUACUCUCUGGAUGCAAAACGGUAAGUUUUUUUUGCCACUGGAUCAGGUCCCCCAGUGUAAGUGAACUCGUAAUGUUUUGCCGUUUUUUUCGAUGAGAAAUGCCUAGGUAUGCGUCCAGAGGUCGAAUUUGCGACUUUGCAGUAUCAGUCUAUCGGGAAAACAAUACGCCCAACGCCAUUAGCGUUGCCGAGGCGAAAAACAAUGUGAUUUUCACCGCGACACAAUUCAUUUUCUCGCAGGCGAAGCGAGUUUCGAUGCGACAGCGUUCUCAUUGUUUUCCCGACACACUAAUAUUUACUAUCGAGUAGAAAUCAAAUUUCAGACCACUUGGACACCAUCGAAACCUAUGCGAUCGCUCAGCUCGGCCUCAACACCUACUCCAACGUCCUUCCAAGCAGAAUUGGAGAGACGCUGUCGCGCCAAUAUAAGCGCCAUGCGGUCAUUUGCGGGCAUACGGCUGAGCAGUGGUUCGGGGGGCUUGUAACGCCCGACACUUGGGGCGCCGAGUUCUUGGAGACCGGGUUCGGCCAAUACUUUUAUGAUCGGGCUUUGGCGGAGCUCGACGAAUAUCAAUAUUUGGCGGUAAGUUCACAAGUCAUGUGCUAUUAUGCUAUAUGUCAUAUACUUUAUACAUGUCAACUUCAGGGCUGGAACGAAGUUCCAGACGCAUUGGCGGCAGUUUCCGGUUAUUACGAUUCCACCGAUCCGGUAGUGGACAGCAAAAGUCAUUUUAAUUGUAAGUUACAGCGAUUUCUCCAUGUCUUUGGACGUAUGGUUGAAGGCACCUGGGCGAAGAGGACACCGUGAGGAGGAAAAAAGUGAUACCGUAAUAUCAUUUUUUGUGCCCUCUUCAUCAGGUACCGGCUUCCUUAAGUGCCGUCCAAAUAGUCCUAAACCGUUGCAAUUUGUUCGCCUUUAGACAGGCUUUCGCGGGCUGGCGCUGCGUUCCUCCGCACAAUUCGACAUGUUCUCUCCGACAAGGUGUUCUACGAGGGGCUGCGGAUCUAUCAGCAAGAGAGAGCCUAUGCUACCGCCGGCCUGGACACGUUGAUUCGAAGCUGGGUCAAAGUAUGCAUUUGUAAUGUUCGCAAAAGAAGGCGCACGUCAAACUGAGAUAAUCUAAAACGCUCCGGUGAAUAAGCAUGGCUGCAAACCGGGCCAGCCCGGCCCAGCCCGGCCCGGGCCGCAGGCCCGGGCUUAAAUCUCCAAGCCCGGCCCGGGCCCGGGCUUGGGAAAUUUGGAAAGCCCGGCCCGGUUUGGCCCGGAAAAUUUUAUACUAGGUUGGAAAGAAAGAAAGCGGGAAAUGAAAGGAAAAUUAUGACAAAUUUUUGCAAGAUGUAAAGAAAAAUUUAGCAAAACCUAGGUACAUAAGGUCACUUUACGUUCGCUAUCAGCAUUGUGUUCGAAAAAAUGAAAAAUCCUAUCGUAAAAGCUUAUUUUUUCCUUUUUUCCGGGCAAAACUCAAAUUUCAAAAAAACCGGGCCGGCCCGGGCCGGGCCUGAAAAAUCGAAGCCCGGAGCCGGGCCGAGAAAUUAGCCGGCCCGGCCCGGGCCGAAAAAUUUUGCAAAGCCCGGCCCGGAGCCAUGCUUACCGGUGAAUGGAUUGGCAAUUCGCCAGAGAAAGACGCGAAAAAACUUUUUGUCGGCGAUGAAAUGGGGAGUUUUUGGGGCGAGAGAGUACGAUUUUGCGCGUCUUUUCUCUGUCUUCUCUGUAAAAUUAAGACGAAGUGUAAAAAACCGAUAGCGAAGGGUCUAUUCUGGUCACCGGACUCCUCAGUUUGACGUGAGCCGUCCAAGUGCGCCCUCCACAAGGACGAAGCCGGGAUUAAUCACACCGAGUUUCAGGCCAACGGGGGAGACCUCUUGCACGACGUCUCAUUCACCACGUUCGUCAAGGACGUGCUGACGCGUCGGCAUUUGCCGGUGGUGAACAUUACUCUGCAAGGCUGGAAUUAUGUGAUCACACAAUCGAGCCACAAUGAUCCCAUGCACAACUACGUAUGGGACGUGCCGAUCUUUGUGCUGGACCUCAAGGAGAACAAGGAGCACCUGAUUUGGCUCCGGAAGGACGGCAGCAUCGGCUGCCGAACUCCGUUCAGCCUCCGCGGCGACGGAGAGUACGUUUUCAACAACGACGCCAAAGGCUACGCGGUGUUCGAGAUCCAGCCGACGCUUUGGGUGUCGGCCGCGCAACACCCCCGCUUCCCGACCCUCUCCAUGCACAACCAGUACUACAUUCUGCGGACGGUGCGGCGCAGGAAGUUUCUGGACGACGGUGACAUUGAGAGGAUCGCUAUGAACGCUGUGAGAAAGACCAAUGGCACUGGGGAGUUGGAACCAAUGUUGCACGUAAUGGCAUACUCCAAUAAGAAGAGCAUGCUGACGACUGUCUUUGGCAGCUUUGAUUACACGUUCACGGGGAAGAACAGGUCAGUGGCGGAGGAGGUUUUAUCCGACUGGCAACAGACAUGCCAAGAAUCGAAAAAAUGAACCUCAGAGUUUGAGCUAAAAAUAAAUCUUUGGCCCUGUUCGGGUAACGACAGUCCUCUUUGGUAGCAUCGAAUUUUUUUCCUCACAUAGGAAGUACUCCAAGUGCGACGCUCAGAUUUUGAUGAAACUUGGCACAGAUUUAGAAUAACUUUUUCUAAGAUAUAUGCGAAAAUCCGGGCUCGCGCUUUGCAGAAAUAACCAAGGUUUUUAGAUCGAAAGUUGGCGAAAAUUUGACACUUUUUGCCGAAUUUUGGCACGAAAAGAUGCAUGCUUAUUUCUACCGUGAAGGGUAAUGUAUCCAUAAAAAAUCAAUUUUUUCGGCACGAAACUGGCAAAGUUAUGAUCAAAAAGGAGGUUUUCUCUGACCGCGUUUAGUGUACACUCUCGGCGGAAAAGAUCGUUCAAUAUUUCGGCGGAGCUUGCAAAGCGCGAGCUUAAACUUUCAGGAAUUGAUAUUUAGUCUACUCCCGACGCGUGUGCAAAAUUUAAAGAAAAUCUGAGCGUUACACUUGAGGUACUUCCCUUGUAUAUCAGUUUAGUAGGCCAACUUAAAGUUGUUGGAUAACUUUUGGCAAGUUCAUGGCUUAGUGUUUCAGCUUUCUUUACAAUUAGGGUUCUUCGAAAAAAUCAUGUUUACCCUGUGAGAUGGACAGCGGUAUGGUGAAAAAGUGUUUUUCCCUCUGACCGCUCUCCGCAUUUCGCCUAUUCUCUCGACGGCGAAGACCGUUCGAGAGCUCUCCGCAUCUCCGCGGCGCCUGCCAAUUGCAUACAGUAAUUGACGGGCAAAGAUUGUUGUAUUUAACUCAAGGAUUCCGUUUUUCAGACUGAUUGCUGGCACUUUUCUGGACUUGGCUGUCAGAGCGAGAAUUCCGAGCGUCCUCAACAAGACCUCCGAGCUCUUCGCGCAGUUCAUGCAGGAUUGCGCGCCGGAAAAAGAGCUGGUCGACUGUCCUAGGUAUGCCUACCAUUUUUCAGCCCGUACUAUUCAUUGUCAAUAUUCUAUUAGGUCGUCCAGAAAGUCUGUUCGUUUUUUUCAUUGCUUUGUUUUACGAGGAUUGUUUGUUGUCUGGCGAAGGGCACAUAUUUAUUUGAUACAGCCAGUUUGGUGGAGGAGAAAAAGCUGUAUAAAAUAAACAUGUUCCAUUUGCCAAAGAACAAACCAGCCUUGUAUUUAAAACAAAGCAGUGAAAAAACGAACGAACCUUCUGCACGACCUAAUAGAAUAUAACAAUGAAUUUUGCUUUCAGAAUUCCCCCAGAGUUCCGCCAAGGUGUCUACUUCCAAGGAAGUCGUUCCGCUGAAGGGCAGAGGUUCCUCAGGGCAUACAAGAAGCGCAUUGAGGACCAUCCAUGGUUCGCACAGAUGAAGCCCGAAUACGAUCGCGUCUAA